AUGCCCAAGCAAUUGGUAAAGCACCGAGUUUUGACAGUGAAGGAGAAGCUCGAGCUUAUUCAGGCGAUUGAACGAGGAGUCAAGAAGGCAGCACUAGCUCGUGAGAAAGGAUUGCCCCUGACCACUGUCUGCACGAUCUGGAACUCCAGGGAGAAACUGUGGAACUCCGACGCAGCAGCCAACCUGAAGAGGUGCCGUUUACGUGGAUCUUCCUAUGCAGAUGUCGAAGGGGCAUUGGUGUUGUGGCUGAAGAAAGCAUGGAGUGAGAACCUGCCUGUCAGUGGCCCGCUCCUCGUCGAAAAAGCGCGGACUUUCGCGUUACAACAGCGACAUGAUGACUUUGUGUGCAGCAACGGAUGGCUUGCAAGGUUCAAGGCGCGCUACAACAUUGUUUCGAAAGUGGUGUCCGGCGAAAGCGCGGAGGCCAACAAAGACGGCGCAGAAGCAUGGGAAAACGGACAGCUUCGCCAAAUCCUGCAAGACUACGAUCCUGAGGACAUUUUUAACAUGGACGAGUCGGCAUUAUUCUUCAAGUUGCUGCCUAACAGGACCCUAGCCUUCAGUGGUGAGACUUGUUCUGGUGGGAAGCACUCAAAAGAUAGGAUUUCCGUCGCGUUUGCCGUCAACAUGACUGGGAAUGAAAAACUGCCGCUACUGGUUAUCGGAAAAGCAGCGAAGCCGCGAUGCUUCAAGGGAGGAAGACUGCCGUCCGACGUUCUCUACCGCAGCAACGGGAAGGCCUGGAUGACUGCUGUUCUGUUCGAGGAGUACGUCCGUCUCCUGGACCGUCGUUUUGCCGCAAAGAACAGAAGAGUGGUUCUCGUGCUGGACAAUGCAUCUUCGCACGUCGAUGUGGCCAACCUCACCGAGAUCAAGUUAGUCUUUCUUGCCCCCAACACGACAUCGUUGUCGCAGCCCCUUGACCAAAGGGUUAUACGGGUCGUAAAGCAGCUGUACAGAAAGAACCUGCUGCGUAGGAUGCUCCUAGCAAUAGAGAACGGCAAAACCUAUUCAAUAGACCUGUUGGGUGCCAUCCAUCUCCUUGCGUUCUCCUGGGCUCAGGUGGAGUCAACGACAGUGCAGAACUGUUUCAGACACGCCAAGUUUGUGCGUGCGGACAACAACAGUCCUGCUACUAACACGGUGGAAGUUGAAGACGCAUCCUGUGACGACCUCCUUUCCGAGGUAUUGGAACGCCAGGGCUCUGCUGAGAAAGUCUCCUUCGAGGCGUUUCGCGAUGUAGACAACGAUGUUGCAACAUCUCCCGGGUGGUCCGACGCGGACAUCAUAGCUGCUGUGGCUCCAACCAUGCCUCCGGAAGACUCCCAGGCUGACGACGAUGACACGGAGGAGGAAACCGAAGAUGUGCCGUGUCCCACGGUUGCGGAAAGUGCUCGAGCGUUAGACGUGAUGCGCGUGUAUGCAGAAAAAAAAGGACUACUGGAGCAGCUGGCUCCCGGUUUGAAAGACUUUGAAGCCGCGAUUCUCGCCGCGAGAUUGGUGUACUGA